AUGAAUCCCGCACAAGGACAAGUUCCCCAGCAGGGCCAGGCCCAAGGACAGCCGGGCGCUGCCGGCCAGCAGCAACGAAUAACGCCGAUGUAUCAGCCAAGUCAGAUCAGAAGCCUGCCCAUGCUGAGCGAAGACGAGAAGAAUAAAUACGAGCAAGGCCUCCGUGGGCUAUGGAACAAAGCGAAUAAUUCACCCGCCAACAGCCCGGAUCAGAUCGCAGCGAAACAAAAGAUUAUUGAGUUUUCCAAGAUGCUGAUUGGUAAGAUCCAGCAGCGCAGGAGCCAAGCACAGCAACAGCAGGCGCAACAGGGUCAACAAGGAGGCCAAGUACCCGCGCGACCUCCAUCUGCACAGCAAAACCCUACGGGACAGGCUGCGGGAGCGCCAUCAGCGGCCCAGGCGCAACAAAAGCCUCAACCGGUACCAGCUGCUGGUCAGGGAUCCCAAGGACAAGCUCCCAGUGCCGCUGCCUCUGGCGCAGCUCAAGGUCAAAAUGCUCAAGGUGCUACUGCCGGCGCUGCCGCUGCCGCAGCGCAACGUCCAAAGAUUCCCGACCAAAUAAUGCAGCACGUGAAUAAGAUCGUGUUUCGAGCUCCCGCUCAGUUGGCAAAUAAGCCCCCGGCCGAGGUUGCCAAGUGGAUAGAAGACCUGAAAGACAAGUACUCUCGAGCGCUGUUUACAAUGGACAGCAGCAAAGCCAAGGUUGCGGGCAUGGAGAAGAUUUUCAAAGAUAGGAACGACGCUGGGAAGCCACUUCAAAACGAAGAGCUGCGGCAAUACCAAAUCAGAAGGGAACAACAGUUGAAGCUUUACCAAGACGCCCAUAAAUGGGUGGAAAGUGUUCGAAAGCAGCAGGAAGGCCUCCAAGCAAACCAGCAACAAGCAGGCGCACAGGCAGGUCAAAAUGGUACGGCAGCGGCACCACCGGCGAACCAGCAAACCAACACACAGGCAACUCCCAAUGCCGCACAAAACAACGCUCAAGCGGCUACACAGAACGUUGCCGCGUCCAUGAACGCGGCCGUCGAAGCCGCAAAGAACCAACAAAAUCUGGCAGCUGCCAGUCGUCCGUCUCCAGCAAACGGCACCUCAACACCAAUACCAACCGCAGCCCAGAACCAACCGCGGCCUGUACCUCAAGCUGCACAGCAACCGCAAGGACAACCACAGGUCAAAACUGAGCAACCGCAUCCUCCUCCGGUCAAUACUGCCCAGGCGCAGGCGGUUGCGCAAGCACAAGCAACAGCGAGAGUACCAACACCUCAGUCAGCGACACCUGUUACCGCGGGAGGCCCCACACGAGCACUGAGCCAUUCUGCUGCGAUGACUCUCGCAAACCAAAGGGCUGCAAAUACGCCAGGUACCGCUCAAGGUCAGAGUCAACCCGCUGCUGGCACAGGUGUUGGUGGAGCAGUGAAUCAAGGUGCCGUUGUACCUGGUGCUGUGCAACAACAACAACAGCAGGGACACCCUCACGCUCACCCUACGCAAACACAAACAGGUUUCCAAGCCAAGAUGCCUAUCCCGAAACAACUACCAGAAAAGGCAACAGCUGUUCCGCAGGGCGUGACCGUUGGGGGAGGCGUAACUGCCGGGAGACCAACCAUGUCACAAGGCAGCGGCACUCUUGGGGGCGUUAUGAACCAGCCCCCGGUUGCCAGAAUUCCCGCUUACAGCCAUGACGCUGAAGGAGAUCAUGUCCUCAGCAAGAAGAAGUUGGAUGAACUGGUGCGACAAGUUUGCAGUGGAUCCGGCGACACCCAAGAUGGCAAUUUACUGACCCCGGAAGUUGAAGAGAGCGUCUUGAACAUGGCGGAUUCUUUUGUGGACAACGUUCUGCACUCAGCCUGUCGCAACGCAAAGGAGCGUGGAUCUAAGGUUCUAGAAAUUCGAGAUAUCCAGCUGGUACUGGAACGAACAUACAACAUUCGCGUUCCUGGAUACUCGUCAGAUGAACUUCGCACCGUCCGCAAGGUCCAACCUUCGCCUGGUUGGAUUGCCAAGAUGAGUGCGGUACAGGCAGCUAAGGUAAUGCCUGGGAAAGGCGACCCGUAA